GUAUUUUUUAAGUAAAUGAAAGUAUUGUGUAAAAUGUAUAAUUUCAAAUUAUGUACUUCAAUUGUUUUAAUUACAUAUAUUAAAUUGUAUAUAGAUUUCUGGAAAAUGAUAAUACAUUGCAAACAUGAUUAAGGAUGCAUUGAAAAAGAUGCGGCAACUUGAUGACAAAAUCAUUUAUAUGCUAAAUGCUAUACUUCCAACAGAAUCAUUUAAAGGACAAAGUGAUCCUAAUGCUAAAUGUAAAGAUUUAUAUGAACAAAUUCAAACAGGUCAUAAAUCAAGGGAAUUAGCUAUUACAAGUUGUUUAAAUGCAUCCAAAGAAAAAGUGAACCAAUUAAAAGCUGAAAGAGAUAAUGGUAAUGAUAGUCCUCAACUUCUUAAAGCAUUAAGAAAAGAACAAAAUACUUUACGCUUAUUGCAAUCAGAAUUAAACAUAGAAGAAGUUGUAAAAGACCAUACAGUUGAGGUUUAUUAUAAGAAAUGCCGUGGUUUUUAUAAGCCACCGACUGAUAUAGAAAUCUAAUAUUGUUAUUGAUUUUGAAAAUACUUUGUCCACUACCUUUUUGUAUGAUUGUAACUUUAAUGAGAAAUAUAUUUAAAUGUUGUAAAUAUA